CUGCCCACUUCCUAGGGCUGGCUCCGCCUCAGCAUGACAGCAUCAGCAGUGCUAUAGUAGGAUAAUACAGGAAGCCACCGGGGUGGGACAGAACAGCGCAGGGACUUUAUUACAGCACAACCUAGAAUGUAGACUUGUUUGUAUAUUUAUUUGCCUAUAUAUAUAUAUAUAGCUUCUUCCACCCAUCACAUGAAGCUAGGGUUACAGAGCUAGAAGACAAAUACCCACUAGUGCUUUAACACCUGCUCCUGUCUGAGCACCAUGGACGAUCAGCACAAGGGAGAGAACACAUUUAAUGGUGAUGAAGCCAGCACCAUUGUAAAAGAGUGUGUAGAUGUCAUCCUGAGUGGAGUAGACUACGAUGAGAGCAGAGUAAAUGAAUGGAUGUCUACCGUGGUUGAACAAUCUAUAACCCAUCUAGUGAAGAUGGAAAAAGCAUUUAAAUAUAUUGUGACCUGUACAGUCAUGCAGAAGCGAGGAGGGGGUCUGCACAACGCAAGUUCCUCAUUUUGGGAUAAUUCUACUGAUGGGAGCUGUACAGUGCGAUGGGAAAACAGGACUAUGUACUGCAUUGUCAAUGUGUUUGCCGUGGCCAUACAGCUAUAGCGCAGUGUUGGAAAAUGAUAUGUACCUCCCCCAGAGGCUGGGACGCCUGUGAGAAACUCAGAUAAUUGGUGGUACCAAACUUAUGCAGCAGAACAUAGAGUAAUUGUUCAUCUGAAAUCCAAUACUCCAGGAAAUACAAGCCACUGCUUUGGUCUGCUACACAGUGUAUUACUGAUAUAUAAUGAAGUGUUAUAUGAUAAAGUGUUCAGUAAUAUGCAGAUCCUCAGGAACAAAUACAACAGUACAAUUGUAAGUGAUAUAAAGGGCCCCAGAAGACAGUGAACAUAACCGUUCUAAAGGUGGAUACACAUGGUGAGAUAUUGACUGUGUGCUUCCUAUUUUGGCUGUGGACGAUUUUGACUAUACUUUGUACUAGAUAGUUAAAAUUGACUUGCCUGCACAGUCUGUCUAACCUUGCGAUACCGACCCUGCGGGAGUGCGCAUCAGGAUCAAAUCUGUAUCGCAAGCUGGCUAACACCUUGCGAUUAGCACUAACUUUCCUUGAGGUUUUGACUAUAUAGUCAAAAUCGCAAGGUAAUAUCGCACCGUGUGUACACACCUUCAGAUGUACUAAUCCUUAAAGUGAUAAAUUGCAUGGUGAUAAAGUACCAAUUAAUCAGCUCCUAACUCGUUACAGGCUGGGUUUGAAAAACGCGAAUUAGGAGCUGGUUUACUGGUGCUUUAUCACCGUCCACUUUAUCACUUUUCAAGGCUUAGUACAUCUGGCCCUAAGUGCAUUACUUCAUAUAAUUCUACUAUAUUAUUGGUGCUUUCAUUUACAUAUUAUUUCAUAAAUACUUAAAGAUAAGACUGUACUCCUACAAUAGCAAACAUACAUCAUUGCACUGCAUGUAUUAAUAACAAUGAAUCAUAUUGAGGUGAGAACAUUCUCUGCCAGUUCAUGAUCCAUUGUAUUGCCUUUCUCUCCUCCUUGCCGCACAGCUCAGUUUAUUUGCUCUUGGACAUUUGCACUGCCGUUUAACUUUAAUCUAUUUUACAGCUAUUAAUGCAUUUUACAAUGUAAAGUUCAUUUAAAAAAAACAAAACAAUUUUACAUUGAAGAAUAUAAGAUUGUAUCAUGUAUUUAUAUAUUGGAACAUCAGCUAUUAAAAAUGUUACUUAACCCA